UCAUAGCGAAUAAGAGGUGUUAUUUUUUAAUAGUCUGAGAACUAUAUUCUUAUUAUAAUGACUGCGGAUAACGACGCUUGGCUAAAGAGGCAUGCGCAUUGUCGGAAGCGAAGAAAGGUCACGUACGAUUAUCAAGUCUUUAGGCCAGUAAUUCAUCCCAAGUGUCGAACGGAGGCUUCAGUAGUCAACCUCUCUUUGAAGUAACCAGCUGCGUCUGUCAUAAGAGCCUGUUGACGCUUGGACUGGUGUUAGUCGGCCACCGUUUGACACAAGCUUCAGACAGCUGUAAUGGCUAACUGCUGAUUUACCAGUGGGUGUGUGAGGAGGCGCCACGAUGCCAAAGAGGAAGCUAGAUGAAGUUGACAGUGGUGAGGACUUGAACUCCGCGCAGUCUGAAAGCGAUGACAGCAAUUGCAGCAAUGUUACUGAAAGUAGCACAGACAUCUCAGCAGCAACUGUUGGACAGCCUCCUCCAAAGAAAGUGAAAAAACAAGUGAAGUUUACAGAUGUGACUGUAUACUAUUUCCCACGCAAGCAGGGCUUUACUUGUGUUCCCAGUGAAGGAGGUUCAACACUUGGGAUGUCUUGUCAACAUCUGCAUCUGCAAAAAUUUUCUUUAAAAGACCAUGCCAAAGAGAAGAAGCGAAUUCAUCGACAAAUCCUGAUGGAGCAGCGACGACAAGGCAAACUCUUUCCUUCUCCUCUUUUGGCAGUCAGUUCUGAGGAACUGCCAGAAGUUUCUUCAGGUUCAGAGUCUGACAGUGAUUAUGAUGACUAUUAUUUCUUACAGCCAUUACCCAUUAGGCAGAGACGCAUGUUGCUACGAAGUGCUGGUGUGAAAAAGAUCGAAGGGGAUGAAAAGGAUGAGUGUCGAGACAUUCGAAUGUCUCGCAAUCUGUGUGGGUGCGAGUGCAAAGUGUUUUGUGACCCUGAAACAUGUACCUGCAGUUUGGCAGGUAUCAAGUGCCAAGUUGACCGAUUGUCUUUCCCAUGUGGAUGCACGAAAGAUGGAUGUGCAAACACCACAGGGCGCAUCGAGUUCAAUCCAAUCCGUGUGCGCACCCACUUCAUACACACGCUCAUGCGCCUAGAACUGGAGCGCAAGGAUGCUGAGUCAAAUUCUAAGCGACGGAUGAAUAAUGGUGGAGGAAGCUGUGGGGAGACUUUAGGAUGUGGUAGUGAUGACAGUGGCAGAGGCAGUGCUGAAGAGCAGGAGCCCAUAGACUUGAACCUUUUUAACAGCAAUGAACGUGGAAGUUGCCGGGACUGUCAGAACACAGAGGUGUGUAAUGUCAUGAUGCAGGACGUGCAGUUUUCGCACAUGUCUGCCACAGAGCACAACCAGCGGUAUGUUGGAUCUCCUGCUUCUUCUCACCACUCUUCUCACCAGCCUCCAACCCUCCCUCGGGUUUUACUGUUCAAUGAUUCUGAGGAGGAGGUUUAUAAUGCAGAAAACACCACUACCAUGUACCAUUUUGACAAUGAUGACAGUACUUAUUCUGAAAUUGGUGAUGGCUCAUCUGAAGCUCAAAAUCAAGUGACAGGAAACUACAACACUGGUGGCUAUCCCAAGUCCUAUCAGAACCUGUCCUCGUACGCGGCUCCUAUUAGUCACAGUUCUUGCAGUGGCAUAAGCCCGGUGCAUCAGCCACCUUCUGUUGUGACGGUGCACCACGCACCCCAUUCCAGUACUGCUGACAAGGGCAAAUAUCUGACCCUCACCCAAUCAGGACCCCAGUCAUUUAAACUAGAACCUAUUUCCGAGAUGCUGAACCCUAUCCAGCCCCUCCCUCCCUACCCUAACACACACUCACAGAACACCCACUCUGCCCACCCUCAUGCUCAGCCAGUCACAAUGCAGCAACCUGCAACUUGGACAAGCUCCUUGUUGAGUGGAACCAGAUCCUCUAGCACAGCUUGUGCUAGCACCAGCAGUAAUGCUUAUGAUCUUAUGUCUGAAGUUGGCAGCACAUCACCCCUGGUAGCCUCAUCCACAUACACCACUAUGACAAACACGACACAGGACCAGCUGGCAGAGAAAUGUCCAGACAUAUCUUCUCACAUGCAGAGUCGCCAUGAUGAGACAGAUUUAUAUGCCAAGCCUCAUGCUGACCCAGAUUUUACAUUUCAUGCAACAUGUGACGAGGCAGCUGACCCUGGAGAUCUUGUUGGAGAGCCCAAAAGCUUUGUGCUUAACUCCUUUUCUGAUUUCUCUUCCUGUAGCAACAGUUUGGAAAGUUUAGAAGUGUCCAAAGGCUGUUGCAUGCCACUGGAUGUUGCUGGCUCAGCAAGUCCCUCGAGUUCACAGGACAGUUUCCUUUCCCAGGGUUUGUGCCCCAUGGAGCCGGCCACCAGCGUUUCUGGUCCCUUGGAACCCUCUGCAGCCAUGUCAGGUCCUCAUUCACAUGACAUGCAUAUUGAUACAAAUGGUGUCAUUCGGUCUGACCCUGUUGAUGGUUCAAGGCCUGAUGUCUCCCACCAGUCAUUGGCAUCAUCUUCCUCAGCAUCCUCAUUAUCACCAUCACCAUCAUCGUCAUCAGAUGAUUUUCUUCAGCAAGCAGGUGAGGACAUGACCCAGAACUUUGGAGAAAUUAUCAAAACAUCAAUUUUUGAAACUGUGUCAGCUUGAGCUGCAUUUUGUUUGGAAUUUCCCAUUCAGAGUAUCAGAUGGUGAAAUCAUUUGUGGAUUACUUUGUCAGUGUUAGCAUAAACAUUUGUUUGUCUUUAUCAUAUUAUCACUUCAUAUCGAGAACUUACAUUGAGGAGACUUACAAGGGGACAUUGAAAUCAUGUAUGUCCAUCUCCCAAGACUGCUUUAAAAGUAUGCCCUUACUUACCAUGUGUAGUUCAUCCAUUUUUUAAUGGUGCAUAGCCGUGAUAACUAUGGUAAUUUAUUUUCCAUAGAAGUCUUUUUUUUUCAUGGUUGGUGAAAAUGUGUACAGUUUGCAUUAUCAGUCUUGAGCUCUGUAGAAACAUCAUUUCUUAUUUAACCCCCGAGAGGUUUUUCAAGACUUUUAUUUUAAAUGUGAAGGACUGUGCGCCACAAAGCAUUUUGCAAAGGUGGCUAAAAGGCUGUGCAUUUAGUAAUAAUUUCUUGCAUUCAUCUUUGAUAAGUAUGCUUAUCAUUGUUUCACUCUGUCUUUUUAGCACUGUACAUACAACAAUACCAGUUACAACUACAGUUGGCAGUUCCUCCCCACCUCCUUCCCCAUGCAAUUUCCUCAAAGGGGACCAGAUGGCCAGUUAACUAAUAAUUUGGACUGGUUAUAAAAAUAAAUUAAAUUUAUGGUGACAAGGAGUUUUUUUUUUUUAAGUAAGCGCAUGUCAGCCAUGCUACUUUAUCGCUAACACAAAAAUAGAAGGGAAUGUUUGUUUACAUGUAGGAAAACAAGGUAUUUGGUUUUGUCAGAAUUCAAUAUACAGUAUAUAAUAAUUAUAGGUACUCAUAUUUCAAGAGAUAAAGCUUAUAAAUGAGAACAAAAAGAAAUGAAAUAGUGAAUCUAUUCUAUUAUGUUAAUAGAUUAUAAAUUUAUAAUACUCAUGUUAAAAUGCUUAAAAACAGGUUCUGUUUAUUUCAAAGGUUUUUUGUUGUUUUGUUUUUUUGUUUUUUUUUUUGAAGAUGGUUGUUGGGGUUUAGGAUAUUUAUUUUAACUGUAAGAUAAGGAAUCAUAAAAUGUGAUCAGCUACAUAUAACUGAAUACUAUUGAAAACAAAAUAGGAAAAAUCCUUUUAGCAAGGAAGUUUUGGAAUCUUAUUUUCUUUGUGCUUUGAUAAACAGAGAGUUGAUUGUAGUAAUGAAGUCCACUUGUAAGAGGGGCAGGUUGUUAACAACUUGAAGAAUAGAACAGCAAGUCACUUUGCUAGUAACUGAAUAAACCUACAUUGUGGAUGAGAAGUCGCCAUACUUCCGUUGUAUAUUUUGCAGUGUUCUAUUGUUUCUCAUGCUACACAUACACAUGACAAUACAAUACAACUUUAUUGAUCCCCAUGGGUAAUUCAAGAUAGUGCUCAUACUAGCAGUAAUAUAUAUAUAAAAGAGAUAAUAUAUAUGUUGAAGUAGUGUCUCAGACAUUCCCAGCAACAGCAGAUACAGUGGGUGGCCCCAGGCCUCAGACUAGUACAAGAUCAUGGCCAGUAGAGUUUAUUAAGUGAAUGGCAGGUGGAAUGAAUGAGUUGCAGUGACGAUUGGUUCUGCACAUAGGCAUCGCUUAGACCACAAGACUGAAAACUUGUAUUUCAACGCAUGAUGCCUUACUAAGGAUUUGCUGAUGACAAAAGGCUGCCAAGACCCUCUGCCUGGUUCCAGUUAUCUUGGAACAGCUAUUAACAUCAUUUCAUUAGGAGGACUUUCUAACUUCCCUCUUUUGUUGCUGGAUGCUGUUUGAUGCGUUUGUCAUAUUACUAAUAUACUAUUAAACACCAUGAUAAGUGCUGUGCUGCAUAAGCUAAAAAAAUUAUUUUGUUUGUACAUAUGGUGACUUCUCACCCACCCUAAAUGGUUAAUCAUGUGAAAGACAAUCAAGUUACUUGUUUCAUAUGUACUAGAAACUUUGUUUCUGAUGACAGUACAUUUUGAAAGGAUAGGAGCAGUUUGAGUUUAAUGUAACAUUUAUAUUGAACUACUGUCAGGCAGCCAUCUCACUUGAAUGUUACAUUUUACAAACUACAGUGUGAGACACACUCCCUCCCAAUUGGGGAUCACCUAUUUUCAUGGGAUCUGGAUUUGCACAGAUCCACAUAAACAUUACAACUGAUAAUGUGAAAAAUGUGACAUUGAAUUAGAACUGAAGGAGUGAAAUCUCUUAAUAUUCCUGACAUAAUAUAAUAAUGAGCCUGCUGAUUCUAGAAAAGGUUUUAAUGUAGCAAAUGUUGUAGGUAAUAAGAUAAAAUGUCAAAUUGAUGAACUUGAGAACUGAUUCACUGUUGAACACAUAACUUUUUUUAUUCAUAGCGUGUCACAUAUUGUGCUGUCACAGUACUUAGAAGGCAUGUUACUAUAGAUAAAAACAUGAAAAGUAGACAUUAUGGCAGUUCACAGAAUGUUACUGCAAUCAGCCUAAUAUUAGCCCUGUCACUGUCAUGGAAAAAAAUGCUGCAAAUGCUACAGGUGAAGGAAACACUUUUGCAGGGAUCAUGAAGCUGUGGUGCUUAGAGGUUUUGUAGGAGCCAGUUGAGAACAAGCUUGUGUCUAACCCCUGUGCUAUAAAAUGUUUUCACUUAUUGAAAGUGCUGCCCAUUUUUAACAGGGUUUUAAACUGUGCUAUUCUAAGCUGUGGGGAAAUAAAAACCUGUGAUAUUUACUAGUCAGACUUGCCACUGAUGUAAAGUUGACUGUUUAAAGUACUCUCUUAUUUUAGGGGAAAAUGCCUUUUUAAAGGAGUAGACUUGGCAUAUCUGUUGUAAAGUUUUGCAUGAGUAAAGAACAGAAAAAUGAGUUUGAUUUGUGAAUAAGACCUAAAUCCUGCACCUUGUAUGUGUAUCAGUAUACAUAUUGACAUAUACUUUCAGUUCAGUUUUGUUCAGCAAUCAUCUACUCAAUAGUUUUAGAUUUAUGCCAGUCAAAAAUGCUGAAGAAAAAUAUGGGAUUAUUUUAUUGUACACUGUUGGGUAGACCUACAGAAAUGUGUAAUUGUGUGUAGAUGUACAUCAUGAACAAUUCCUUCUCCAGUAGAAAUAGGUGUGGAGUAAUUUUUGUCACUGUUGUUUCGUCAUGCAGUAGACUUACACUAUUGCUGUCAGUGCAGGCAUUUUAUUGGAAUGUUUUUGUGAUAAUUAUUGCAUUUGCACUAUUGGAAGAAAGGUUCCUGCCUGUUCUGAGAGCCAUAUUUUGCUGUAGAACUUUUAAGUUGAUGCAUGUGCAUGGAUUUUCUUAAUCAGUACUGAGAUGUGGCACAAUGUUUGAAAAUACCGGGACAGUACAUCAUGUCAGCAACUUUCAUGUUGUAGGUUAAUUUAUUUUUUGAUUAUGUCUGUUUAUCAUCAGCAAUGAAAGGAAAACAUUUAUUUUUAUUCCUCCUCCACCAACGCCUCAAGUCACACAACAAACAGUGUGUGAUCAGCACUAUCGCUGGGAUUGGGUUUAAGGGAAAAUUUUCAUAGAAUGUGAGUACAUGCAUUUAUAUGUUUAUGUGUGCAUGUACACACAAGCAGGCAUAUCUAAAUAUAUAAAACUAUUGCAUGUAGCAUUCAGUUAUUCCUCAAUUCUGAAGUCCUGAAGGUUUUUGAGGAUAAACAAAGUGGAAGAGAUAGAUUUGUGGACUAGUGCUUUACGCUUAUUUAUACGCAGUCUUGAAUAUCAAAGUAUGACAUUGUAGUUUAAGUGUUACAAAAGAACAAUUCAGCAUAUCUCUCUCAGUAAAUUCUACCUACUAGUUGACGGUAUAUUUCUGCUGCAAAAGUGUUUUUAGAAGUUUAGGCUGAAAUAGCCAGAAAUCUUAAAUAAAAUUCGGUUGUUGUGCCAUUCCACUACUUUUUUUAUCACCAUAUUUAACAUGAGAAACUAUAGUUUGCGAAUACAUUACAUAUAUUUGUUAAUGAAACUUGUAAUUUGUUAACAGCCAUAUGUAUAACUAGAAAAUUAUGCUUCGAUAAAGCUAAAAUUUGAGCAAAUUGAUUUGAAUUAAAUAUUCAGUAGUGAGACCAGCUAGGAAUAACAUGAAAAGAAUCUGAGGGAAUUAAAGAUUUUAAUAGCCAUGCAUGAAAUGUUCUAUGGACUUCCACAGAGAUAUAGAUGGGAGGGAAAAAUUAGAGUCAAAUUUUUUGUGUUGGUACUUUGUGUUGUAGGAGACACUGGUGUAGGCAGUGCAAAGCACAGUUGUGACACGAUGGUGUUCAGGUUACAUUUUGGUUGUGUUUUUAGCUGCUUUGCAUGCUCAAGAAGUUGCAUGAUGGUGUUGCCUGUCCGUGCAUCUGAGACACUUGCCAGUGUGAGGGGGUGGGGAGGGUUAUGUUGCAAGCUGUUCACCUGUGAACAGUCACUUGCUUUUGUUGAGCAACUUCAUAUUAGAAUUAGUUUUUGGUCAUUAUUGGAACUGAAAUUGUUCUCUGUGCAGUUUACUGUGAAGGUGGCUUCCAGUUUGAUACAAGAAUUUUUUAGGAUUUGUGCUUGCUUUUCCUCUGUAUGUUAAGAGGAAAUUAUGCAUGCUGUAGCUGUUGACCAUUUUAACAGUGGAUCGCUUGUCAAUAUUAGGUUUUAAUAUUUUGACAUUGUGAGUGUAUGUAAAAUAUUGGUAACCUUCUAUUCAGAAAGUUCCUUCACAUAACAACCUGAUAAACAGGAUUGCUUUUAUGGGUAUUAGAAUCUUCAUCAAGUAUAAAGAAGAGUGGUACUUCCAAAAACCCAAAAGCAGUUUUUGUCCAGUGUAAGGAAAUUUAGUCAUGUAAGUUCUUUAUUGUUCAUUGUAUGUUUUAAAUCAUUGUGUAAGAGAAAGGUUAAUGUUAAUCCUUUAACAAAUGGAAUAUCAUAUCUCUAAACAUGAUGUUGCAACUCUAGGUCAUGUGAAGCAUAGCACUGCUGGUCAUAAGUCGGUCUUCAGGAAAAUAUGUUUGCCUUCGUUUUUCACCUCUCAUAAGGCAGAAGGGUGUAGACCCAGAACUUGAACCAAAAGAUGUUAUCCGCUGGAUUCAGAGGUUUCCCUUUUCUCUGACACCUCCUUCCCCCACAAUCGUUUGUUUCUAAUGCAAUAUAAAAUCACAUAACUGUCUCUGAUUGGAACUUUAGGUAUUUUUCUUUUUAAUGAUGAUGUAUCCCUAGGCACUGCCACUUGUGAACCAGAGUUAAUUUGAAGAUACAAAAUCAAUUCUAGUCCAUGCCACAUUGUAUAUAGCUGUUUGGAAGCUCUAGAUCUGUAUUUCUGCAGAAUAUUCAUGCUUGAUUCAUUGUAUCUCAAGUCAUGUGAUAGAUUUAUUUUUGGUUUGCUUUUGUAUCUGUUUAUGGCAAAUGUUUGCACACUGUAUCUGUUUAACUUGCACAUUGAUUUUAUAUUUUCCUGACUGGAUGGAGACAUAAGUUUUUUGCCUGCCUAUUACAGUACUUGAAAAAAAGUGGAUUCAGCCAAAUAAUGGUCUUACCUUGAUCCAAACUCUGGACCAAAGAUGAUCUGAGAUCAAGACCGAACUUACAGGCACUCGAAGAUGUCUGAUAUCCUUUCUCUCUCAUUUUUGUUUGCAGUUUUUCUUUAAUAGUUUAAUAUCUUUAGAUAUUUUGGUUUUUUAUAUAUAUUAGAAAACCAGACAAUGAUUUUAAUGGAGGUUUGAAAUCAUGGUGCCCUGUGCACAGACCUUCUGAUAAGGACCAACAUUUUACUGUGCAUUACAAAUGCACUUACGCGUACACACUCAUACAAAACUACUUGACUGAUACAUUUCACUUUUAACCUUAACAAUAAACUGUCAAGAAAUAUUUAAAUCUUUAUCACUCUCAUGUUUCACACUUUACUACAAUACCGUUUGCCUUGUUUGCUGACAUGGCAUAAAAAAGUAAAUUAAAUCAGAUUAUUGCGCAUUAAGAGAAUGGUUGAAAAUGUCAACAUAUUCCAGACUUACAUCCUCAGCAAGUUCUUCAACUUUCAUUGCCACUUCUUUAAGUGAAUUAAUGCGACUAGAUAAAACAGUUGAUGAAUCGCACCUAGUCAUAAUAUGAAGGAAAGCCAGUGUGUUUCAUUCUGUCUUGCAAUAAUUUUGUUGAGAUAGCUCAUUUAUAGGUGUCAUCUCUUGAUGUUUGGUCUGAAUAUUAAACUGAUCUAUUCUGUACUUCAAAAUAUCUGGAUAAAACAUAGAUAUAACUGUGGAUAUAUAUAUAUAAGACCAUGCUCUGUUUGUCUCAACCUUCAGGAAAUUGCUCUCACUAAUUAGUUUGCCUCACUUGUGGACUGGGGUAAUAAUACGCUGUGCUCACAUUCAAAGCAGCUAAGUAUUAAUUCCCUGUAUGAUCACACUAAUGUUAAAUGUGCAUUUUUAAUAUGGUGGGGUGUUUUUUUCCUAAGUAAAGUUCAAAGAGUAAUUUAAGUAGGUUUUAUUUAUACAUGUAUUUUGCUUUUCUGCCUAACAACAAACAGCAGAAACUAUAUUAUUGAUAGGACUGCGGCUGUUAAAUGAGUAGCUGUUAUUUUCACCUUUCUUUUGGCCCAUGCAAUUUUUCUCUGGAUUUGAUUUUACUUCUAGACCUGCAAUAGGUUAUAUUACCACAGCAUAGCUGUAGUUGUUGGCUUAGCAUAAAACAAUGCCUGCCAUUCUAGCAACAUUUAAGAAACCAUUUCUUUGUCUUUAGUAUUUCAUUCCUGUUUGAAGCUGUUUUUAUGUUUGUAGAAGUGGAUUCAAGCAGGACUGAAGAAAUAAUACAGGGUUUGGAUUUCUCUGCUGUUUUUAGAUUAACAACAUGGUGAUGAAUUUAUGGCUACCUUUUCUGCAGGUUGCUUGUUUCAUUCCAUCAGAAUCCUUGUGAAGACCUUUUUUGGUCUGGCUUCUUGCAAAGCUCACAAGUUCAUGUUACACAGGAGUAUUUGUUAUUUUCUAGUCUGUCAGAUUUUGGCUGAAGGUUGCAGCACAUAAAAGGAGGGACACAUUCUUAAAGCUGAUUUUAUGCCAAUCUGCAUGAGAACAAAAUCUGCCUUCAGUUAACUCCUUUCCCACUUUUUUUUUAAUUCUGCAGUUCAGAUUUAUUUGAUCAAUUAUAGUACUUGGUUCUUCAAGUAGUUUGUGUAUGUCAGUGUAUUGUUGUUAAAGAAAUUUGCCCAUGUACAUGAUGUUGUGCAAUAAAUCAGGCAGUAAGC